UGUGUGUGUGUGUGUGUGUGUGUUUUUCCUGUAUUUUCCCCCCUACUCCUGAUACCAUUAAUUCCUCCUCUCCCCCUCAAUAUAUAUUACGGUCAUACAAACACUUCUUAUAUAUUCUUCUUGUUUGUAGAGAGCUCAACUUUUUAGCUAUUGGGUUUUUCUCUUGGUAGAGCUAAUCUAUCAAUUAAGCUAGCUACUUAAAAAAGAAUCAUCAAUUCUCACCCUCAAUUACUUACUUUCCCUUAGACUGUAAAUUUCUUUUUGUUGCUUCAAUUAGACCAAAAUCGAUCAGAUGUGUACCAGAGGCCAUUGGAGGCCAUCGGAGGACGAGAAGCUCAAGGAGUUGGUCGCGCGAUAUGGUCCUCACAACUGGAACGCCAUCGCCGAGAAGCUUCAAGGCCGAUCAGGAAAGAGUUGUAGGUUGAGGUGGUUCAACCAGUUGGACCCAAGGAUCAACAGGAGCCCCUUCACCGAGGAAGAGGAAGAGCGGCUACUUGUGUCGCACCGAAUUCACGGGAACCGAUGGGCGGUCAUCGCAAGGUUAUUUCCCGGGCGCACCGACAAUGCGGUGAAGAACCACUGGCAUGUGAUCAUGGCGCGCAAGUGUCGAGAGCAGUCGAAAAGAUCAUCGAAAAGAGCCCCUUUCGCCAAUAUUAAAGAUGAGAGAUCAAGUCAACUCAAGGAGAGGGCUCGAUCGGAGAUCAACAACAUCAUGGCUAGUUCAUUCGUACUCGAGAAAUUUCGUAGAGGAUACACUUACCCCUUUGAGAAUGACCUCCCAACUCGCAAGCAGUUCUAUUCGGAAAAAGAUGGUUUUCAUUCUAAGGCCAUUGAAGGAACUAAUAAUUCGGUUGAGUUUUAUGAUUUUCUCCAAGUAAACUCGACCUCAAACGAUACAAAGUGCUAUUCAAGUGUAGAGGAGCAAGAGGAGGAUGAAGAUGAUCAUCGAAGAGAUGGCGCUGUUCAAUUUAUAGAUUUCCUGGAGGUUGGAAGCUCUUAAAUAUAGAUAUUAGAAUUGACACUUAGAAAUGUUUAUGUCAAGGAUCAUGGACAUUGCACAUAGCCCUAACAUCAUUUACAGUACUACAUGAACUAUACUUAAUAUAUAUAUAUAUAUAUAUAUAUAUAUAUAUAUAUAUAUAUAGAACUGUGUAAAUUAUUUAUGUAAUUUAGUUCAGUUACAAGAGAAAGGAAGAUUUCUCUAAAUAAAAUGAGGAUCUGAAGAACACAAUCUUUAAAGCUUGUUAACACUGAUGAAUAUUGUGCAGCAACUCUGAAGAGAAAAUUGCACCUCAUGCAAGAAGGGUUUUCUACUCACUACAAAUUAAAAUUCUAGUGUUCUGUAUGUUAUGUGAUAGUUAUUUCUGUAUCUAAAUAAUGUGAUUCCUUUUUUCUCUUUUUUAGUACAACAAGAUAAUGCAGCACAUGCAUUUGUGUUGAAAGGCUUCCCUGAAUGAGCUUAAUUAAUAAAAACUCUAUCAUGUCUUCAUGUUGUGCAUGCA